AUGAAUUUAUCUGCCAGAUCCUAUAUGCCAACAUAAAAAUCUAUUUCACCAUUAAUUGAUCGAACUACUAAAAAGCGAACUCUUACAAUUUAAGAGCUUACCAAGUCUUCAAAGAGCACAAAUAAGAUUAUUACAUAAAAAUCCACUUAAUAAAAAUUGACAUCCAAUAGUUCUCAAGAAACUUCAGAAACUUGUUUUACUAUGAAUGACUCUACAUAAGACAACACAAGAUUAUAAUAAUUGAAAAUUAAAGUUUUAACGUACACAUUUAUAUCUCAUAAAGCAUAGAGAAAAAGUCUAACAGAUUGAAUAAUUUGAUCUCUACAAAACUACACUCUUGCUUAAAGAACUACAAUACUAUCGUACUUAGUCUCUUAAUAGUUCAAAUACUUCGGUAAUGGCUGCUUUGGCCUUAGCACGUAUCUGAUAUUAUAAAUUACUUUAUAGAUACUAAUAUUAUUCAUUCAUAACU